AUGGAGAUUGAUGGUAGCUCGGAGGGGAUUGAUGGUAGCUCGGACGGGGAUCAUGGUAUGAGCUCGGGAAUUGCUCAUGAUGGUAGGUCGGGCGGGGAUUUUAGGAGUGGCUCGGGCGAGGAUCUUGGGACAAGCUCGGGCGGGGAUCUUGGGAGUGGCUCGGACGGGGAUCUUGAUGUGAGCUCGGACCGCCACCGUGUGCCACAACCAAGGGGUCGACACUCUCCAUGUCUCGAAUGGCUUUAUCUCAGGCUCAUGAGGUCUUUCCCGAACCUUCUUGCUUUUCUUUUUUCUCGUAUGGUGGUGGGGGAUGGGGGACAUCAACUUGUACCGGAGGUGGCACCGGUGCGGGUAUGGGUGGGUAUCUACGAUGAUCACGACCUUGUCCUCUUAUACAGCCAAGCAGGCUGUUUGUCAUCCUCCUGA